CUGACCGACGGAUGGAUGGAUGGAUGGUCGACUCGAUCUAUAUGUUGCUUGUCUGUCGGACGCUCUGUACCGUACGGCGCGCUGAUUCGCCUUAAUACUUACACAAGGACUGCCUCCAUCUUUAUUGUCCAUUCUGUCCGUCAUCGCACACACACACGCACACACACACACACACACGGACAGAAACCGUUCAAUAAACCAUGGCAUCUGUCUGGUUAAGCAGCAGUAUACAUGAGCUCUCACGUCAGUGUGACUCCUGCAAGCCAUCCCAUCCCUCUAGCUAUCACUGGUCGGCUGGCUGGCUGGCUGGCCGGCAAAGCCACGCUCAAUCAGCAUGCGCACAGCACAGCACAGCCCAGCCUAGGUACGAAAAACCACAACGCACGAACCACACGAAUGCUCAAAUGCAGGCCCCCCCUCCCCCCCCCACACACACACGAGGUAAAACAAAACCUCUGUGCUGUCUGUCUGUCUGUCUGUCUGUUUCCCCACCCAAUCACACCCACACCACACAGAGACAGACAACAACACCGCCUUCCUUCCUUUCCCCCUCUCCCCUACUAAGUGACCCAACUCAGCCCAGCCCCAGGGCCUCCCCCACCACAGCUUCCAGCGCCCCCGCCUCACACAUGUUCCGCCCCAAGUGGAACGUCUUGGAGCGCUGCGGCCCCCUUAACCGCCCCAAAAGCUUCCGGUGUGUGCCGGUUGCAGGCGGGGGCGACCGGGGCUGCUGUCUCUGAGCUCCAGGCGGCGAUUUGUGUCGGUGGAGGUCGCAAUGGCCGCCCUGAAUGGCGAAGAUGUUGCCCGCUGACGUCUUGGUGGGCAAUUCUGCCUCUUCAUUCUCGUUGUUGUCUUGGUUGGUGUCGUCAGGCGCGGGCGGUGGUGGUGAUGGUGGCGGCAGGGGUCUCUUGGCCCGGAUGACGGUGUUGAUGCGCGCCCAGUUGGCUAUGAAGUUAGUGGGGUUGUCCUGGUUUGGGUCGUUUGGAUCUCUGUAAAGGUAAUCGUCGAACUGGCAGUCAUACAUGAGCCGAUCCAUCUCAAAAUACUCGGCCGCUAUCACCAUGCGACCAUUCACCUGAACACACGUGGGGAUAUGUCUGUGUGUGUUUGUGGCGGUGGGGAGGGGCCGGGCUCUUACUUCGUCAAACCCGCUGACGAAAACGCCAAUACUAUCCAGCUUCUCCUUGACCUUAUCCAUCGACAUUCCCGCAAACGGCUGAUCUGCAGCCAUCCAUCCAUCCAUCCAACACACGCAUACAGGGCAGGGCAACAGACUCCUCCCCCACUCUCUGGAUGUGAUGUGUUGCUUUGCCCUCCCGCCUUGACUCACUCAUUCACCCACCCCCUCAGCCACUCACCCUUUCCAUUGAGGUGCACCCUGACGUUCAUCGGCGACCAGAUGACCGUGGGCGUGAACUCGAGGCGCGCUUCUCUGAUCUGGUAGUCAAACUCGCCUGUCGGCGUCUCCUCCUCAAACCCCAUCGUCACUGAACACCACACACACUCGUUAUGUCGUGUGUCUGCAGGGGGGGGUGUGUGUGUCUGUAGGGGCGUGUGUGUGCGCGCUUACCACUGAAGAGCACGUUGCCCAGUAUCUGCUUGCCCGAGGGGGCCAUCCGGAACUUGGCCCAGAUCUGACCACGGUACUUGUGGUGCUCGUAGAUGCACACCUUGUCGCUGAAGCAGAUGUGCCUUUAAGCGAGACAGAGACAACGUUAGAUUGAAUCAACGGGCGGGUGUGUGCGUGCAUCUAACGGUCUGGGCCUCUGGAAUUUCAUCAGCACGAGUCCCGUCCCCACCACUAUCAGCAGCUUGCUGCACAGCGACUGCACCGACAGAAUGAUCGUCCCUGUGGGGUCCUGCGGACCAUACUACAACACUCGACCAGAGAGAACACAGCAUAACACACACACACACACACACACAUCCAUCCAUCCGUCUGUGUAACGCCCAUUGCUCACCGGUCCGUCGACGCCCAUGAAGUUGGCCAGCGAGAUGGCGAAGGCCCAGAUGAAGUCUUCGUCAGGCAGGUCGUCGAAGCCGAAGAAGCUGUCGGGGAAGGCCAUGAUGACCAGCCCAAAGACAAUCGAGAAGGCAACGCUGAUGGCGACGACCAACCCGAGAAGGAAGAACCAACUCGACUGCACAUGAUGUGGAGGAUGACAGAAUGAAUGGCUUUGAUUGAUGCGUGUGGCUGUGGCUGUGUCUGUGUCUGUGUGUGUCUGGCGUCCCGUCCCACCUCUGCCAGCCAUCUUGUGGGCGCAGCGUCGCGCGGCUUGUUGAUCGUCUUGACCAUGAAGCCAGGGUCUGACGUGAACUGGUUGAUCCUGCUCACGACACACAGCACACGAUCCAUGACACUGACAGGGCAGUUGCAUUCUCCCUCCCUCCCUCCCUCCCUCUAAAUUGCUCACUUUGGUGCCUUGCGCACGAACGGGUUGCUGUAGAUGACAUCGAACGUCUUGAGCCUGUCCAUCUGGCUCUCGCUCCUCGUCGCAGACGUGCCCCUGCUGAUGCUGUUGCUGAACCGCGUCCAGCUCUUCUGCAGCGGCCGCAUCAGCGCCUUCCAGUUGAUACGGGUGCUCAGCCGCCGGAAGCCAUCGGGCACUGCUGCAGCUUCUCCUGUGGUUGACUGAGAGUUUUUCGGCUCCAUCACGACAGCACGCAUCGAGCACGGAGUGGCACUGCGUCGCAUGAUCUCUCUGGCCUCAUUCUGUUCUGUUGCUGCUGCUUGUGAAGCGUGUGGAGCUUGAAAAGCGGCAGGUGGGUCAAUGCCGUCGUCGAGCUCCGGUGGCGGCGAACGGCUGUCUGUCGUAGGGCUGGGCAUUGCCAUUUGCUGUUUUGUUGUUUUGCUG